AUGACCAUGGCACUCGCCAACGGCAGCGACAGCGGCGAAGACGACAGCGGUUACCGCAAUCAUCAUCGCAGGAAUCAUCAUGAAGUGGUCGAAGAAUACCACGAUGAACUCAGUCUGAGCGAAGACAGCAGCGAUGGUGAUAUUCACGGCAGCUCGCAGAGCGGCUCUUCCACGGCGACCACUUCCAAGAAGAUCACCGAGGAAACCAACGAGAAGUUGGCACAGCGAGAGACGCGUCAUGUCUUGUACCUGCGCUUGCUCGUAUGUGCCAUUCUACUUGCUGCGGCUCUAGCCGUGUCUCUGAUGGUGUACAACAUCUCCAUUCAAGCCGAAGAAGAUCAGUUUCAACUACAGUUCUUGGGGGCCGCUUCCAAGGUCACUGACACCUUUUUGGAGAUUGCCAAUGAUAGGCUGGGAUACGCCGGAGCGCUGGUAGUAUCGCUCGUUUCCCACGCCAUUGAUCGCGAAGGGGCAUGGCCCUUUGUGACCUUGUCCAACUUUCCACAACGUGCCCAGUCCGUCAAGGAACAAUCGGGAAUCUUGUCCAUUGGGGUCAAUCCCAUUGUCGAACGCAGAGAACGACGAGACUGGGAAAACUACACACUACACCAUCCCGAGGCUGUCAAGUACUACAAUGAUUCCAUGGAAUACAACCAACGAGUUGGACUCGAUGAACUGGACAAUCGUCGACCGGUCCAAACCGACGAUGAAGAUCUAGACAUUCAAUCCAGUGGCAUUGCCAAUCGCAUCUACGAUCUCGCACGUUUCCAAGGAUCCAAGGCUAAGAUCAGUCCGGGAAAGGAUCGCUACUUGCCCGCUUGGCUCCUAUCUCCCUUUACCAGUUCAAGAGCCAUGAUCAAUCAAGAUCGAUCCUCCAACUCGGAAGGCCUUCGGUUGUGUCUCCUCCAUGAUGCCGUUGUCUUUGAAGGAUUGCAGUUUGCGAGACCCGGUUACGGAUUUGAUGAAGAUCCGUACACUUCCGAAAUUGCCUGGCUCUUGUCUAUUGCCAACAAGGAACCCACACUCUACCUCGGGGACUUGUUUUCGACCGUAUACCUUCCUCUCUACGAUUCCUUCAAAGAAAACCGUCGUACUGUGGGCAUCAUGCGACUGGUCUUUCAUUGGGCACGAUUCUUCCGCGACAUUCUACCUCCCAGCCAAAAUGGAAUCCUCUUUGUAUUGGAAGACACUUGUUCCGAACCAUUUACCUAUGUCAUUAACGGUGGCACGGUAGAGCCAUUGGGGGUCGGCGACCUCCACGACCCCAAGUACGACUUUUUGGAACAACGAGCCGACUUUCGCAACGUUUCCCGCAUCAGUGAUGGAACCGCCGUGGGGAUGGCCCUCUACCAAGAUUCCUGUCCCAUUACCAUUCGAGUCUAUCCCACCAAAGAAUUCCACGACUCUUUUCGGACCAAUAAUCCUGCCAUUAUUACGGUCGCCGUGGCAUGUGUCUUUGUCUUUGCCAUGCUCAUGUUUUUUGUCUACGACCGACUCGUCGAACGUCGUCAACGAUUGGUACUCAAAAAGGCAGAACAAACCAGUGCCAUUGUCUCGAGUCUCUUUCCCAAAAAUGUUCGGGAUCGCAUGAUGGAAGAAACCAACAAGACCAGGAAAAAGGAAGAAGCCAGAAGCAUGUUCUCCAAUCCAAAUCAUCACAAUAAUCCUCGCCAAUCUCUUGUCAGUAAUCGCAGUAAUAGUUUGAAUGGACGAAAUGGGGCACCCAUUGCCGAUCUCUUCCCCGAGGCAACUGUCAUGUUUGCGGAUAUUGCUGGGUUCACCGCGUGGUCGUCCAGCCGAGACCCAGCACAAGUAUUCCUCCUCCUCCAGAACAUCUACCAGGCAUUUGAUCGUCUCGCCGCGAAGCGCCAGGUCUUCAAGGUGGAAACUAUUGGCGACUCGUAUGUCGCCGUCACCGGAUGCCCCACCCCUCAACCUCGUCACGCUUUGAUCAUGGCGCGAUUUGCGGCUGAGUGCAUGGGAGCUAUGCGGAGUGUAGUUCAAAGCCUCUAUACGGAGCUCGGACCAGACACAGCUGAUCUCACAAUGAGAUUUGGAAUCAAUAGUGGGCCUGUGACUGCUGGUGUGUUGAUGGGUGAUCGGGCUCGUUUCCAAUUGUUUGGGGACACUGUCAACACCGCGGCUCGAAUGGAGAGCACGGGGGUGAAGGACAAGAUUCAAGCCUCCAAGUCAACAGCAGACAUUCUAACCGAGUAUGGAAAACAGCAUUGGUUGCAGAUGCGGGAGGACAAGGUUCACGCAAAAGGCAAGGGGCUUCUCACAACCUACUUUGUGUCUCCAUGGGCUCACAAAGAAGGAACCACUGUUACGUCCAGCGACUCUGGCCAGUAUGACCCGGAUGCGUUGGCUCAGACAAGCGGUCAUACUCCGUCGCCUGAGGAACCAGUUCCAGAAAUGGCUUAUGGUCGCCUCGUAGAAUGGAUGACAGAACUCUUCAAGAGUUAUGUGAAGGACAUUGUUGCGAAGCGUGCCGUGACGCCCAAGAAAAGUGCACGUUCCGAUUCUAAGAAGAUUGCAGGGGGUACUCCAUUAGACGAAGUCGUUGAAAUCAUUGAGUUGCCUCAAUUCGAUCCGAAGGCAUUGGAAGCCCUGGCCCGUAGCGGAAGAAGUGUGGUGCUUGACGAUGAAAUCACCUCGCUCCUCCGCGAAUACGUUGCAGUGAUUGCUUCUCUCUACCACAACAACCCCUUUCACAACUUUGACCAUGCUUGCCAUGUAACAAUGGCCGCGAACAAGUUUCUCAAGAGAGUUGUGAAACCCGGCGAAGGCACUUUUGAGGGGGCCCAUGAUGCAAGGGAGAUGGCGUCGCAACUCCACGACUACACUCAUGGCAUUCAUUCUGAUCCCAUCACGUUGUUCGCCAUUGUCUUUUCAGCCUUGAUUCAUGACGUCGACCACAUGGGAGUGUCGAACGCACAGCUGGAAAAGGAAAACGAAGAUUUGGCAAUAUUAUACAAACACAAGAGCAUUGCUGAGCAGAAUUCGCUGGAUGUGGCCUGGGAUCACCUCAUGUCUGACAAAUUCGAAAAACUUCGAAACUACAUCUUUGCUACGCCGAGCGACUUAGCUCGAUUUCGAGAAGUGGUGGUCAAUGUCGUGCUGGCAACUGACAUUUUUGACAAGGAGCUGAAUGAUCUUCGAAAGACUCGCUGGAACAAGGCGUUUUCGGAAGAUUCCGAGUCCAGCCUUUCGAAAGUGCAGAAGAAUGGACUACGAGCCACGAUUGUUAUCGAACACAUAAUGCAAGCAAGCGACGUCAGUCACACGAUGCAACACUGGCAUGUAUACCGCAAGUGGAACAAGAACUUGUUUCAGGAGAUGACUCUGGCACACCGUGAGGGUCGCAUGUCCAAGGACCCAGCAACUUUCUGGUAUCAAGGCGAGCUUGGCUUCUUUGACAACUACAUCAUUCCUCUUGCUAAGAAGCUCAAGGAGUGCAACGUGUUUGGGGUUACCAGUGAUGAGUGCUUGAAUUAUGCCAUGCAAAACAGGGAGGAAUGGGAAGAGCGCGGGCAGUCCAUCGUCGCGGAAAUGGUGGAAGAGCUUCGGCGGUCGGGAACCGAGCCAGCGCCCUAA